UGCAUCGAGCUUUGGGGGGGGGGGAGAGAGAGAGUGCUUGUCGUUAGCACAGAGCCUGGACUCACAGAAAUGUGCUAACUCCGUCUAACCAAGGGACUCUUCCAACGACUCCAGCCUUUGGGAGGCUCAGUGGCUGCCAGGAAGCUCUAGUCAAUGAUGCGUGAGGGUAAAUGUUAGUGCACUCGGCCAGAGGUGAGCAGUGGGAGUCCGACCUUGCUCUGCUGAGUGGCUGAGCCAUGGGUGAAAAUGACGGUGAUAAAGGCAGCCAGGCCGGACAGCUCUUCGAAAACUUCGUGCAGGCCUCGACGUUCCGGGGAACGCUGCAGGCUUUCCACAUACUUUGCCGGCAACUGGACCUUGACCCCCUGGACCAUCAGAUGUUCUACUCCACGCUGAAGUCGAGGGUCAACACUUGGAAAGCCAAAGCCCUUUGGAGCAAACUCGACAAGCAGAGCAGUCACAAGGAGUACAAGAAGGGCAAUGCAUGUCCGGACACACAGUGCCUGAUCAUCGGGGCCGGUCCGUGUGGACUGCGCACCAGCAUCGAGUUGGCCCUGCUGGGCUGUAAGGUGGUGGUGCUGGAGAAGAGGGAGACCUUUGCCCGUAACAACGUCCUGCAUCUCUGGCCAUCCACCAUUCACGAUCUCCGUGCCCUGGGAGCCAAGAAGUUUUAUGGCAAGUUCUGCGCUGGAUCGAUAGAUCACAUCAGUAUCCGGCAGCUGCAGCUGAUCCUGGUUAAGGUGGCCUUGUUGUUGGGGGUGGAGAUCCACGUCAAUGUGGAGUUUGUGCGGUUACUGGAGCCUCCCGAAGACCAGGAGACACAAGACGUAGGCUGGCGAGCUGAGGUUCAUCCCAAGGACCACCCCGUCUCCGGGUUUGACUUUGACGUGAUCAUCGGCGCAGAUGGUCGGAAGAGCAGUUUGCAAGGUUUCAGGAGGAAGGAGUUCCGGGGGAAACUGGCCAUCGCUAUCACGGCCAACUUCAUCAACCGCAACACCACAGCCGAGGCCAAGGUGGAGGAGAUCAGCGGCGUCGCCUUCAUCUUCAACCAGAAGUUCUUCCAGGACCUGAAGGAGGAAACAGGGAUCGACCUGGAGAACAUUGUUUACUAUAAAGACAACACCCAUUACUUUGUGAUGACAGCAAAGAAGCAGAGCCUGCUGGACAAAGGGGUAAUCGUCAAUGACUACGUUGACACAGAAAUGCUUCUGUGCACCGAGAACGUGAACCAGGAGGCCCUCUUGUCCUACGCCAGAGAAGCAGCCGAUUUUGCCACGAAAUACCAGCUUCCGGCCCUGGACUUUGCAAUGAAUCACAACGACCAGCCUGAUGUGGCCAUGUUCGACUUCACCUGCAUGUAUGCCUCGGAGAACGCCUCACUGGUCCGUGAGCGGUGGGGCCAUCAGCUGCUGGUGGCUCUGGUCGGUGACAGUCUGUUAGAGCCAUUUUGGCCGAUGGGGACAGGGUGUGCACGUGGGUUCCUGGCUGCCUUGGACACAGCAUGGAUGGUCAAGAGGUGGGCAGAGAAGGUCCCGACUCUGGAAAUCUUGGCGGAGAGGGAGAGCAUUUAUCGACUGCUGCCUCAGACCACAACUGAGAACAUCAGCAAGAACUUUGAACAGUACACGAUAGAUCCUGCUUCACGAUACCCCAAACUCAACUCCAACUGCGUCCAGCCGCACCAGGUCCGCCAGCUCUACAUUACGACUGAUCUGAAGAGCUGUCCUCUGGAGCGGGUCAACUCCAUUCGCAAGUCUAUCAAAGUUUCCCGCCAUGAUUCGGAGAUUCGCCCCAACAGGUUGCUGACGUGGUGUCAGAAACAGACGGAGAGCUACCAGAACGUGAAGAUCACCGAUCUGACCAGCUCCUGGCACAGUGGCCUGGCACUGUGCGCCAUCAUUCACCACUUCUGCCCACACCUCAUUGACUUUGACUCCCUGAAUAAGGGAGACAUAGCCAACAACAACCAGCUGGCCUUUGACAUUGCGGAGCGGGAAUUUGGAAUCUCCCCGGUUACCACAGGGAAAGAGAUGGCCUCCGUCAGUGAGCCUGACAAACUCAGCAUGGUCAUGUACCUCUCCAAGUUCUACGAGCACUUCCGAGGGAACGCCUCAUCGGCUGCCUCUGUCUUCAGACACAGGAAGGAAGGAAGUAAUGACGUCCCUGCACUGCAGUCCAGGCAGUCGAAUUCCCUCUGUAACGUUAUCAACCUGCUGCCAAGAAAACGGACGCCAAAGGAAAAGAAAAGUGAAGAUAAAGAUGCAACGAGCAAGCGGAGGAAGAAGGCAAUGAAGGACUGGCAGGAGGCUGCGGAUCCCAGGAGUGACGGGAAUGCUGGGAAGGGCACCGUGAACCACAACAAAGUCAAGUCGAUGGCCAGCCAGUUACUGGCAAAGUUCGAAGAGAAUGCGGCAACCACGUCGCUGCGGAGACAGGGGUCACUGAGGAAGGAAUUCCCCCAGAACCUCGGUGGCAGCGACAUCUGCUACUUCUGCAAAAAGCGUGUCUAUGUGAUGGAGCGGCUGAGCGCAGACGGGAAGUUCUUCCACCGGGAGUGCUUCAAGUGUGACUUCUGUGCAACCACACUGCGGCUGGGAGCGUACGCUUUCAGCGUGGAGGAAGGGAAAUUUUACUGCAAACCUCACUUUACCUACUGUAAAUUGAAUAACAAGACAAGACAGCGGCGGAAUCACCCCUCAACACUGACGCACAAAAAGGGUGAGGCCGUGCCUUUGGGUAAAACUGACAGCGAGGCGUCGGCCAGCACAGAGAGCCUCUGCACUGCCAGCACCAUGGCCGAUGCACCCCCAGGUAUCGUGAGCUCGGUGUGUCGGAGAAUCCUCAGCUGGCCUCUGCGGGCCUCGAGGCUGUUGCUGGGUGCUCCCAAGCGCCUGUCUAACUGGAUGCAUAGUGUUCUGCAUGUCGCCAGCUCCCACUUGCAGGACAACGCCUACAACUAUGGCUACCUGUACGAGUUGCUGAGUCUGACUGUGCCUUUGCUCUCAGUGCAAUUCGAGGUUCUCCUACACAUGUGCCAGGAAGGAGGCUGGUCCCCCGAGCAUCUGAUUGAAUGGGUUCACAAUGCCCUGGGGUAUAAAACGUGCUUGGGGACCGAGUCCACCCGGUUUCAACAGCUGAAAGCCCACCGUUCCUGUCGGAACCAGCAACAGUGGCCAGUGGUGGCUUGUGGAGGCCGGUGGCCAGUGGCGGCUGGUGGUGGCCAGUGGAGGAUGUUAGUGGCCGGUGGUGGCCAGUGGAGUAUGGUAGUGGCGAGGGGUGGCCAGUGGAGGCCAGUGGAAGCCGGUGGUGGCCAGUGGUGGCCGGUGGUGGCCAGUGGUGGCCAGUGGAAGCUGGUGGUGGCCAGUGGUGGCCGGUGGUGGCCGGUGGUGGCCGGUGGUGGCCAGUGGUGGCCAGUGGGAUUCACAGCGUCAGCUCUGGUUUCUCGUUCCCAGCCUGAACCAAUCUGCAGCAAAAGGUCUAAGUGUGCAUCUGGAGACUUGGACCUUCCUGGAGCACCCCCUGGCCUGGAGAGACACUCCCCUGUGCGAUCUCCAGAUAUGACAGGAAGGAACCUGCUGGCAGUCAGAGUGAUGGUGACUAGUGACGGGAGCAGCUCUGAAGCAGAGACAGAUCCACCAGCCCACUCCCACAACCUGAAGGACACCUCAAGACCAGGAGACCCGUUAUCAGGUGCAGAGCGAAGUGGACCAAGAGUUCAGAGCACAGAAGAAGCAAAGUCUUGUCAACACAACACAAGCUCCAAAGCCCAGGAAGCCCUAAGGCGAGCUAACAGCUUCCAUUCCCCAGCCACGGACAGGCAGGAAAAGUGGAGGAAUAAAAUCCGUAACAAGCUGCCACAGUUGUUGCGAAGGAAGGUAGAGCAGCCGGUGAGAGAGGGAGCAGUGAAUCCACCGACCUCUCCCGGGGAUCCGGAACAUGGAUCGCAGCUCCGGCCAAAGCUGAUGAGGGGUCACUCCUUACCAAUUAGGUCACCACGGCAACAAAGAGCUGUCACGAGUCCAGAGGUUGCGGUCCCCGUUCCCCAACCUCCUCUGGGAACCAAAGCUAAAGCCCAAGUGACCACCAGGAGGCUGCACCUGCCCCCCGCAAACCAGUCCCCCCGGAUGGUCCACAAGUUGUCUUCCUGGGAGAGCAGUGGCCUUGCAAAAGCUGGGGAGGGACAUCCGACAGAUUCGCGCUUUAGGACCAAACUGACCGUGAAGCUCAAGGACACCCUUGGCCCAGAAACCAGCUCGUCAGAACAUCAUGGCACCUCAGAAGGUGAGGUGGGAGCAAGCAGCUCAGUCCAACGAAACCCGGUGUCUGCAGAUGGAGAGAGCAUCAACUCUCCCACAGCGCCGGCCCACUCACCGGACCAGAGCUCUCCAAUCACGAGUCAUGCAUCCACAGGAACGGAGCAGGAGGAUGCGGUGUCCAGAGGAAUGGAGUACAGUGCCGGAGAGAUGUACCUUUCAAACCGUGACGGAAAGAAUUCAGGUGCAACUGAGACUAGGUCCUCGGUUUUAACCCAACCAACCAUUUCAAUAACUUUGGACAAGUUCAGCCCUCCAGUCUCUCCCAGUGUGGAAGGUGCCCCUGCCAAAAGUCCAGGCCUGGAGUCUCCCAAGUCACCUCUGAGUAUUUUGGUGAAUGCAUUCAGGAAGUCUUUCUUUGACAGCAAGAGCUCUGGGUUGUCAAACACAGUGGAACAGACCCAUGAGAAGAAGACAAGGAUGAGGUGGGCGAGACCCUUCUCGAACAGUUCCUUCCAUGGAUUGUCUCGUGGGGUCUUCAACCCUUCCACAGCGGACACGUCCCUGGCACCAAAGGACAGCCACUGGUUGCGCUCCAUUAGACCACGAUCUCCUGUUCCAAACCAGAAUGGCGGAUCGACUUCAGAACCUCUCGCUUCACCUUACCCAGGGGACUUCCCCAACUCCUUGUUGCUCAGCGCCUCAGCCGAAGAUUCCAGCAGCAGCGGCCGGAAUGACAACCGACCUUCCAACGCCAGAGAGAUGGAGAAGGAAGACGAGCCACGUUUCGGGGGGAAUGUUUCAUUAAAGGCAGUCAGUCCUGGUUGGGGAAACGUUCCCAGCUGGAGGACCAAGGGUUUGUUUCCCUCAGUGAAGAAGGGAAGCCCAACCCAGGAGAUCAAUGAGAACCCAACCUCUGCUUUGGAUGAUGCUAAGGAGGGGACCUUGAGGGGCGAUAUCUGGAGGCUGAUGACCAGCUUUAAGAGGAAGAGCUUCAGGCAUAAAGAGAUGAAGAGGUCGAUGCCCAAAGCGUUCAGCUCUACAUGUCUUCCCAAGCUCCAAGAUGCUAACGGACUUGACACGCUCCCAGGUCCCGAUGUUCUGCUGGUGGCGUCCCAGUUCCCUGAAGAUGAGUCCGAAUCUUCCUUGGACGACCCAUCUGAAGACAAGCAAAAGGAGAGUGGAAGGAGGCAGAGGAAGGUGCGGAACAUCGCCCUCCAGCAGCUGAAACAAGAGGAAGUGAAGCGACUGCACCGAGCGCAGAUUAUUCAGCGGCAGCUGCAGGAGGUGGAGGAGAAGCAGCGAGUGUUGGAGGACCGCGGCGUGUUGUUGGAGAAAGUCCUUCGGGCGAGUCAGAGUCAUAGACUUGACUCAAAGGAAGAACCUCAACUCAUGCAGAAAUGGUUCAGGCUGGUGAUGCAGAAGAACGUGCUGGUUUGUUACGAAGCUGAACUGAUCAUAUUAGCCCGGGAGCUGGAGCUGGAAGAUCAUCAGAGCCGGUUACAGCAGCUGCUUCGCAGUCGGAUGGCAGUCGAAGGCCUCCGGAAAACCGAGGAGGAGAUGGCUGAGGAGAAGCAGAUCCGAAGUGAAAUGUUGGAAGUGAGGGAACAGAGAGACAAGUUGGUAGCACUGCUGAGGCAGCAACACCAGCAGGAAGAGAAGGAGAACCAAGACUUGGAGAGCUGGAUGUUGGCCAAAGGCUACAAGUUCAACUGGUCCUGAGUCACACGACUGACAAGAGGGUUCACAAACGGAGAACAUCUACCUGAGACUUCCACCAGCAUCACUAGUAGAUGAGGGGGCCACUUUAACCUAAACCACCCACUGAGAGGGGGCUUGAGAAGGAACCUCCCUCCACUUUACAGACCGUCUAAUUUCACUUGCCUCUGGAUUGCGAAGAACCGUGUUUGCGAAACACAGGUCAGGCUGAUGUGGUGACCUGUUCUGGCACCACACUUCGGGAAGGGCACGAGGGAGGGGAGAGAAGCGUUCCCGGAUCAGCCCCAGGGAUGGAGGGGGACUUCCAGCUCACGUGGAGGGGUCGGGGAGGUGGGUGUUUUUCUCCUAGAGGAGCUUACGGAGAAAUUUAACAGAGGUGUGCAAGAUUGUUUAGUCUAUCGAAACCCUUGACUAAAUAAGGGGAAACUAGUUUCCAGAGGCAGGAACGCUGGUGAGGGGAGGGUGAGGAGCGAAGGGGGUUGGUGGUGAAUCAGAAGGAAGAGGACGAAAAUGUUUUCUAUGGUGAACUGACAUGAUCAGGUGCUCACUCCUUAACAGGGUAGUGAAACAGUGGCAAAAUAGGGUCAGCAUGGAUAUGAUGGGAAGAAGGGCCUGUUUCUGUGCUGUGCUGGAUGAUGAACUGGAAGGAGAUGAUUUGCAGAGCCAUGGGGAAAGAGUAGGAUUGGUGGAGGGUGUUUGGACCAAUUGAAUAGCUCUCUCAACAGCCACAACAUGAAGGGCUAAGUAGUCUCCCACUGCGCAGUGCGAUUCUUUAAUGUCAGUAAAAUUAGGUUAAAAUCGCCCCCCUUUUGUCACGUCUCCUGAGAUUUUAGAAUCAUCUGACAAGAGGUUCUCCAGUUUCACUAAUUGGAGAGUCUGCCUUGGGGUAAUGUUCCCAGGUGAAAUGUUUACGUGUGAUAUGUUAAUUCUGGGCUUGCUAUUUUAGUGCAGCCUCCACUGUUGGAGUGCAAUGGUUCGGCAGAAAAUGCGCUGCUUCGCUUACCGUCUACUGCAACCUCGCUGCACUGGGCAGAAUGGCUUACAUUGUGCUGGAGCUACUAGAACUGCUGGUUUAUUGCUUGUAGAACAAUCCGCAAAAUCAAUUGCAGGCGCCAUUGUAAUCUGUGGCCCGGAGCUUAAAAGUCCUGCUCAGUUUCUGCAUUAAUAUGCAGUAAUCUGUAAUAAAAAUGUUUCUGCAAUUAUGAAAAAGAAAAUAUAGUCCCAUUAAAGGAGAGAUUUGCUGAAUCUUUUGGGGACUCACUGCACACAUUGAAGGUGUUGUCUGUCAGUUGAGAAGACAGACAAGGUUGUAGCGAAAGGUCACUCACUUAACCACUGACUGCUCGAUCAGGUGAGCAGGUCCAGCGUUUUCUGUUUGCAUUUUAUAAUCGACCUUGCAGUUGUGGGUAAAAACCCCGUGGCCAUUUUUGCAAAGGACGGCAGGGGAAUUCUCACCAGUGUCCUGGGACAACAGUUAUACUUCGCUCAAACCCACUGAAACAGAUUUCUGGAUUUGAUCAUCUUGCUGUUUGUUGGAAUUUUCUGUCCAGUUCCCACAUUGCAACACCGAUCCACUCCAAGUGUAUUUCAUUGGCUGUAGAGCACGGGCCGGAGAAAUCUUGUACUGUUCCAUCAACCUCUCCUGUGGGGUUUAUCCAUCUCCCCCACCACCCAUUACUGCCGAACCUCUCAACCCCUCAUUAUUCAGUCAUAGAGUCAUACAGCAUGGAAACAGGCCCUUCAGCCUACUGGUCCAUGCCGACCAGGUUCCCUCCUGAGGUUCUCAUUUGCCAGCGUUUGGCCCACAUCCCUCUGAACCUUUCCAAUCCAUGUACUUGUCCAAAUGUCUCUUAAAUGUACCUGCCUCAACUACUUCCUCUGGCAGCUCGUUCCAUGUACCCACCACCCUCUGUGUGAAAAGUUGCCCCUCGGGUCCAUUUUAAAUCCGUCCCCUCUCACCUUAAACCUGUGCCCUCUAGUUCUUGAUUCCCGAACCCUGGGGAAAAGACUGUGUGCAUUCACCUUAUCCAUGCCCCUCAUGAUUUUAUACACCUCUAUAAGGUCACUCCUCAGUCUCCUUCACUCCGAGGAAUAAAGUCCCAGCCUGCCCAACCUCUUAUUAGUCACGUGUACAUCAAAACACACAGUGAAAUGCAUCUUUUGCGUAGAGUGUUCUGGGGGCAGCCCGCAAGUGUCGCCACACUUCCGGCGCCAACAUAGCAUGCCCACAACUUCCUAACCCGUACGCCUUUGGAAUGUGGGAGGAAACCGGAGCACCCGGAGGAAACCCACGCAGUCACGGGGAGAACGGACAAACUCCUUACUGACAGCGGCCGGAAUUGAACCCGGGUCGCUGGCGCUGUAAUAGCGUUACGCUAACCACUACACUACCGUGCCUCAAGUCCUGACAGCAUUCUCGUAAAUCUUCUCUGCACGCUUUCCAGCUUGAUGACGUCUUUCCUAUAACAGAGCAACUAAGACCAUACACCAAGCUCCAUGUGUG